AUGGAAACUACCUUUUAUAGGACACUUGCAUCAUUUGAUAGGAUUCCCACCCAUCAUGCUCUCCGAAAAUUAGCUCAAAAACAUGGAGCCCUAAUGCACCUUCAGCUAGGUGAAAUUUGUUCAGUUGUGGUCUCGUCACCACGGUUGGCAAAAGAGAUCAUGAAAACUCAUGAUCUUGCCUUUGCAAAUCGCACUCAAUUUCGAGCUGGAGAAAUCUUAGACUAUAAUUGUUUAGACAUGGUGCUCUGUGAAUAUGGUGGCUUUUGGAGACAAAUGCGUAAAUAUGCAUGCACCUUGGAACUUCUGAGCGCUAAAAAUGUCAGAUCAUUUGAAUCUAUUCGGCAAGAUGAGGCUUUGCGCCUAAUUCAUCGAUCAAGACUUUGGCGUCUUCAUACACGAGUUCUGUGGUUUGCAGAGCAGCAUUUGGGAAAGUAA